AUGGAAUCGAACAUCUCCACAGCCAUCGUGCCAGAACAGGACGACACCAUGUUGCUGGCCCAUCCUUAUGUUCGUCUGUUCUUCCUGGUAAUGUACUUGACAGUAUUCGUGACAUGUGUUUGUGGAAACCUAGUAAUCUUGGUGGUGAUCAUAACUGAUAAGGCUAUGAGAACGACGACAAACUUCUUUUUGGCCAACUUAGCUGUGGCCGAUUUACUGGUCGGUAUAUUUUGCGUCUUCCAAAAUGCUGUACACUUCGUGUUAUUCGAGCAUGGUACUUGGCCGUUUGGGAGGAUGAUGUGUCAUUCUUAUAUCUACAUAUUACACAUGAUACCCAAUGCUAGUGCUGGGAUUUUGGUGAGUUUUUGAUUGUAAAAUACGAAUUUUGGCUUACUUUUUUCAUAGAUUAACAUGAUUUUUUAAAUUUUAAAAUUGGCUUUUACUUUAUGAAAUGGCAGUAUUUACACUUUACAGUACAGUCACUUGACGCUGCCUAAUCACACAUUAAGUGUUUACGUAGCCGUUAAUCGCUGUGCCCUUUUAAGGUGUUGUUGUCGAUUGAGAGGUUCAUCGCUGUAAUUCGGCCGAUGUUCGUGCAUCAUCUGUUUACGAAAGGUGUCCUCGUACUAAGUGCGGUCUUGGUAUGGCUCUUCUCGGCACUUAUGAAUCUACCGUACCUAAUUGCCGUGCACUACAAAGAGGUACCGAACAAAGUAACAGGAAGCAGUUAUGCCAUUUGUACUAGGAGGUUCUUGAAGAUACAGGAUAUUGACGUACUGAAGGUUGUGACGACUUUGAACUUGAUUAUAUGGUACAUUGUGCCAUUGCUGAUACUACUGGUCAUCUAUAUUACCAUCGGGUUUGUGUUGAUGAGGACGACUGAAGACAACUCUGUUGCUCGAAGUAGUCAGAACAAGUCGGUUACUAGCUGUAAGUUAGAAUUCUUUAAGUCAAUUAUUUUGUUUUAUCAUUUGAUACCAAAAUGCUAAAAAUAGCUAGAAAUUUGAAAUUUUAUAAAUUAAAAAUCAAUUUUAAAAUUUAGGUACCAAAUUUUUAAAAAUAUUUAUUUUUUAGCCAACAGCAGUCGUUCGUCAAGAAAGCUACCCCGCCUAGAAGCUGUGGACAGUCGAAAGAAGGUGAUCCGCCUUGUUGUUGUUAUUGUACUUUGUUUCGCCUUACUUUCUCUACCACGGUACCUAUACCUCAGUUGGUCGGUUUUUCGACUCAAGAAUGGUAAGUUUUUUUAUUCUAUUGAUAAAACUUCAUUUUAUCACGUAGCAGAGUUAUAUGACGUAUUUUACAUAAUGUAAAACUACUUUCUUUUAUUUUAAAAGUUAAAUUGAUAGCUGUAUUUUACAAUAUAUACAACCUUUCGGCUUCAAAACAUUGUAAACUUACCUUGUAUAAUAUAAUAACUAGUGUGCUUUUUACAAAAAUAACUGAGGAACAUAAGCUCAAUCUAAAAUAAACUUGUAUUACUUCAGCUCCCCGAUGUCUGAACUGCCUGGCCGCCCUCAUUCAGCCGCUGACCUUUCUGUUUUUGUUUAUCAACAGUGGCGUCAACCCCAUCUUGUACGCUUUCUUGUCGCAACGAUUCCGUUCAGCCAUCGCUAACAUGUUCGUAUGUUCGACAGCAAAAGUAAGUUGUUUUUUAGUUUUAAUUCGAUUUGCUGCAGACUUUUAAGAUUUCAAUUCUUUUGUCUCAAAUCUAUAUGAAAAAAAAAAAGAUUUCAUUUCAUAAACAUUUUUACCUAACACACUUAAAAUUAUUAUCUUAUCGUAUAGUAAUAGGCCAAAACAGGCCAAAAUCAUAAUGCCAAAAACCCCGCCAAAACAAAAAUUCAAAUUUUUAAACUCAAAAUUUAAAAAUUUGAAAAAUAAUUUUAAUUUUGCAGCGUAAGACCCAGCUGUACCUAAAACAAUUGCGACGACAAUCGCCUGACACGACAAACAUGGUCGAGUACAGUAACAGUGGGUACCAUCACCGUACUCCAAAAGAAGAGUACCCAAUGACUCAGAUGUCAACCAGAUCUGCACAUACUCGACCUUUGUUAGUUGACAUUUGA